GGUAAGUUCUCUUGUAUAUAAAAUAUUUCAAGUCACGUUAAUUAACUCGUCCAGAAACAUAGAACAUAGCUUUUAAAUCGCAGUACGCGGCAAUAACAGCAUAAUAUCAAGCCACAAGCUGUGAUUUAAAACUUUAACAUUUCGUGUUGUUGAGGUUAAAGUUGGUAAUCACCAUGGCUACGGCGAGGGCCCUUUUUCUCUUAGGGGCUGCUCUCCUCUCUUGCACCUUGAUAGGUGCAUCUUCGCGUGGCGUUGAGAAUCGCCGUAGCCUCCUCCUUCCAGUUCCAAAUAAUGGUCCUGCAAUUUUUGAUGUGACGAAAUUCGGUGCUGUGGCAGAUGACCAGACUGACAAUAUUGAUGCAUUUAGGGCUGCAUGGGGAGAAGCAUGCAAAAACAGUACUACUCAGGCAAAGGUUUUGAUCCCAGCGGGAACAUUUCGUGCAGCACAAACUAUGUUUGCAGGGCCAUGUACCAGCCCAAAACCUAUAAUUGUUGAAGUUAUAGGAACUGUUAAAGCGAACACAGAUCCAUCUGAGUAUGUGACUCCAGAAUGGUUCAGCUUUCUAGACAUUGACGGCCUUGUGUUGACUGGCAAUGGAGUUUUUGAUGGCCAAGGAGCCGCUAGUUGGCCAUAUAACGACUGCGCCAAGACCAAAGGCGAUUGUGCUCCCCUUCCAGCUUCUCUGAAAUUCGCCAAGGUUAACAAUUCCAUAGUGACGGACAUCACCUCGUUGAACAGCAUGCAGUUCCACUUCCACAUUCACGGAUGCAGCAACUUUUCACUGUCAAACAUCAACAUAACAGCGCCGGGGAACAGUCCGAACACAGACGGCAUGCACAUAAGCUCGAGCGACAGUAUCAAGGUUUUCGACAGCGUUAUCGGAACCGGCGAUGACUGCAUUUCCAUCGGACACAGCACCACCAACAUUGCCAUCACCAACAUCACCUGCGGCCCCGGUCAUGGCAUCAGCGUCGGAAGCCUUGGUAAGAGGCCAGAGGAGCGAAGCGUGAACGGCAUCAGCGUUACGAAUUGCACGUUCGUGAAUACGACCAACGGUGCCAGAAUCAAAACGUGGAUGGGGACAGUGCCGGCGGAAGCUACGAACAUUACCUAUGAAGGUCUCAUCAUGAAGGGUGUUCAGAAUCCUAUCAUUAUUGACCAGAGUUAUGGCUCCAACAAGAAGACAACGCCAUCAACUUCGGUGUGGAAGAUCAGCAAUAUUCAUUUCCGUAAGAUACAAGGAACUACAGUCUCAAACAUUGCAGUGUCUCUGCAAUGCAGCACAAGCAACCCCUGCGAGGGUGUUGAGAUAGCCGAUGUAGAUUUGGCUUAUUCUGGCGGUCCUCACAAUACAACUUUUGUAUCCUCUUGCUCCAAUGCUAAAGCUGUUUUUGGAGGGAUACUUAACCCACCAGCUUGCUAAUUAAAUUUUUUUGGGGGGAACUCUUUCGACCGGGGCUGCCACCUGUUUAAUAUAUAUAUAUAUAUAUUAAAACUAUCAGGAUUCAGGACCCAAUUUUUUUAUGUUAUUACUUGGUUACCACUUUGUAAGCGUAGGAUGACUAGCUAUUUCAUGUUAAGUGUAUAUAUGUUACCCUCCGCUUAAAAGAUGUAUAGCUGUCGGAAAUAUUAGUAUCAAAGUUAUACUGGCCUUUAUAAGGUCUUCUUUUUAA